GGUUCUCUCACUCCUCCCUCCUGUCGUGUGCUGGCGCUGCUUCUCUCACUCAUCUUCUAAGCUCUCUUACCUAAGUCUGGUGUUUCUGGAGUUUGGCAAAGGCAUAAUAUCAGACUGAUCGCUGUGUCAGCUAAAUAUGUUGCUGUAAACGGGACUGUGGGUGCGAGAGGUCGAGGGAAGAUGAAAUCUGCGCGUCUGUGGAUGCUUAUCUGUUUGACGACUGCGUCUUGUCAGCUUGGUACCGCUGAUAAAUACGGUUGUCUGUUUGAUGAAGGCUUAUGCUCCAGUGACCAGCUUUGCUGGGAUGAUGAGUUGUUUGGUCAGUGCCUUACACAAAGGCAGGAAAGGUUUCGAUACAGGGUGACGGCAGUCCUACUAGACAGGCUGCAGUCAUUAUUGCAAAUGCUUAUGAAGCAAGGAUUAACCUGGCAGGAUGAUGUUACCCAAUCAGUGAUUAAAAAAGAGCUGAACAAAGUUACAAAGAUCUCAGUAACUCCUGAAAUGAAAAAUGGCCCAUCAUCUGAAUCUCAGGUUGGCCCUAAAAACCAGCUUAAACCCAAACUGAUGAAGCCCUACGUGGACUACAUGAUUGUUGAUCCCCCUCAAACAUCUCUCCAUAUGCAAAGUUUGGACCCUUACACCUACCCCAGAUACGGCUACCAAGAUGAAGAAGAGCGCUCUUUGAACUUAGUGGACAGGGACCGGUCCCCACCUGCUUCCUCUCGCAUUAGAGGCAAUUCACCACUUUCUUCAUCUGUGGAUAAAGACGAUCAACUUCUGCAGGACCUGAUGACCCUACUUUUAUCCUCACCCGCACAGCCAACUUCACGCCAUCGAGUGGCAGCACCUCAUCACGUCUCAUCUUUUUUCCAGGAUCUGGACUUUCCCCUUGACUACAAAGAGUAUAACAAGGACUUUUUAUCCCAAAAUGAAAAAAUCAACAGCCAGCAAAAAAAGGAGGGCUCCCAGAAAUAUGAAGCGUUUGUUGGGCAGAGUGGGCCCAAUCAGCAGAGUCUAAAUGAGCUCCUUCUGCAGCAUGGGUUUGAUCUGAACCAUCUCAACCCUGAGGAGAUGGAACGUCUCUUUACUGUCCUUCAGCUCCUACAAAAUGAACCCACAACCACGCAGAGAAAACCUGAACAAAUGGAUUCCUCUGUGCCUCAAAAAGUGAUGAAGAUUACAGAGGGGGAGAUGACCCAUGUUUUGAAGCAAGCAUCUGUCCCAGCUACAAAUUCUUCUUUACCUCCUUCAAACAUCCUUGGCUCACAAGUUUCUCCAAAAAGGCCCAGCUCCCCAGGGACCCCCCGAGAUAACUAUGUCCCUGUGGGUACCAGUAAACUAAGUCCUGCGGCUCUCAAAAAUGAGAAUGGAAACCUUGCAAAGGGAGCCCUGAGUCUAAAAUCUGGAAAGAAUGGAACCAUGUCAAAGGAAGAGUUUGGUUAUAUUGUCACCAAUCAGAGUCCCCUCAGUCUGUCCGAUGGGGUUCAUCUACUGAAGAUUCUUGCAGAUAGGAUCCAUCUCACCACUGGCUCUUUCAUCAAUAUCAGUGUGGUUGGUCCAGCAGUCACUUUCCGUGUCCUCCCAAAUAGCCAGAAUUUUACAGCCAGUGAGGUGUCAGAAAAGGCCGUGGCUCAAAAAAACUCUCUAGAAUCCGAGACUGGUCUAAAGGUGCUUCAGGCAGGUGUCGGGGAGAAGAACGAUGGCCAUGCGUUGCCAGUGGCAACACGUGUGCAUGACAACACCCAAUGGGUGUUCAUCAUGUUUGUGGGUGUGGCUUGUGUGGGUGGACUCCUGGUUGGGGCGCUGACCAUCUCCUGCCUCCGCACACAUGCCCGUCAGUUGGCCUCAGGGAAACUGGGAUUGGGACCUGAAGCUGGAAACGUGACACAUUAUGAGUACCAGGAUCUUUGUCGGCAGCACAUGGCUGCUAAGACCUCUCUGGGCAGGCAGGACUGUGGGGUCGGAGCUCCAGGUGGCGCCGGUCCGGCAGGCGGGGGUGGCGGAGGAACGGAUACAUCACGGGUUAGCAGCGUUUCAUCACAGUUCAGUGAUGCUCCCCAGCCAAGCCCUAGUUCACACAGCAGCACCCCCUCCUGGUGUGAGGAGCCAGCGCAGUCUAACAUGGAUAUCUCUACAGGACACAUGAUACUGGCAUAUAUGGAGGAUCAUCUGAAGAAUAAGGACCGAUUGCUUAAAGAGUGGGAGGCUCUGUGCUCUUACCAGGCAGAACCAAGCACCAUCUCAGCAGCCCAUAGCGAAAAUAACGUCAAGAAGAAUCGCUGCUCUGAUGCCGUGCCUUAUGACCAUUCCAGAGUAAGACUGAAGGCUGAGAUUAACCCGUCCAGGACAGACUACAUCAACGCCAGCACCAUUAUCGAGCAUGACCCCCGGAUGCCAGCGUAUAUCGCCACUCAAGGACCUCUUUCACAUACCAUCUCUGAUUUCUGGCAGAUGGUUUGGGAAAGCGGCUGUACGGUUAUAGUGAUGAUGACGGCACUCGUUGAAGAUGGAGAAAAGCAGUGUGGUCGAUACUGGCCCGAUGAGGGCUCCUCUCUUUACCACAUCUAUGAGGUCAACCUGGUGUCUGAACAUAUCUGGUGUAAUGACUUCCUGGUGCGUAGUUUCUACCUGAAGAACGUCCAAACCCAGGAAACUCGUACCCUCACUCAGUUCCACUUUUUGAGCUGGCCCGCACAAGGAAUACCCACCUCCACACGCCCUCUGCUGGACUUCCGCAGGAAAGUCAACAAAUGCUACCGUGGACGCUCAUGUCCCAUCAUUGUGCACUGCAGUGAUGGUACAGGCCGAACCGGAACGUACAUCCUGAUUGAUAUGGUUCUGAACCGCAUGGCUAAAGGAGUUAAGGAAAUCGAUAUAGCCGCAACCCUGGAACACAUCCGAGACCAGAGACCGGGAAUGGUGCGCACCAAGGAUCAGUUUGAAUUUGCACUGACUGCUGUGGCUGAAGAGGUUAAUGCUAUUCUCAAAGCUCUACCCCAGUGAGACAAACGCCCACAACUCAGAAACACUCACAUAAAAACUCACACUCACAGAUUUCCUAUCAAACAGCUGCAUGUGUGCAUACAUGCUUUAUGUGGCCACAAAGGUUCAGAUUAGGGAUGUGCAGAAGUAAUCGACUAGUCGGGUACUUGUUCUGACUACUAAAACUACACUACUGGAUUACAAACCUAAAUGUGCCUGUUAAAACUGCAUGUGUUGGAUGUGCUUUGUGGAAUAUGGUGAAAAUAAAAGGUGUCCACAUUUCGUCAAAGCAGGCUCUGUUGUUAACAGGCAAAAAAUUCAACUCGCACCACUUGUUUUUUUCUAAUUUUUAUACAUGAAACAUACUUUGAAAUAUUAUAUACACAAAAAUAUUAUAACCUACAUAUCAAUACAGUGUUUUUAUAUAUGCAUUACUCUAUUGGUUUAUUUUUAAAAAAGGGUUUUAUGUAGGGGUCGACAGAUUUUCAGCCUAGCUGAUUAUCUGCACCGAUAUUAAGCAUUUUUAUGGUUAUUACUGUAGUAUCGGUCAUUUUCAGAACAGUUUUGCCGAUAAAAGUUCCUACUGAUUUGUUGGGAGUCAAGAAUACCUAUUUGGUUAUUUUUAUUAUUAAUGUUAUUAUUUAAAGUUCCCAGAAUUAAAGAUAUGUUUAAAAGCAUUUAAAGAAAGUUUUUAUCAGAGCCCUUGUUAUUCUUAAAGGUGGUGUGUGUAAAUUUUAGCUGCAUCUAGUGGUGAGAUUGCGAAUUGCAACCAACAGCUCACCUCCUCAAUUCCGAACACAUAUGGUAGCUGCCACAGGACAAACAUGUUGUCGUCUGAGACAAUAAAAACUGAAAUAAAAUCCAUAAAAAACUGUAAAAUAGCGUAAAAUAACAGGCACAAUAAAUUACAGAAAUUUUCCGUGAUAAAAAAAAAUCUGUAAUUUUACAUUGAGGAUAAAAAAUGCUAUCUAGAACAGUUUGUCCGUUUAGGGCUACUGUAGAAACAUGAUGGUGACUUCCAUGUAAGGAGACCCGUGGCGUAUGUAGAUUAAAAAAAAACUGCUCAUUCUAAAGAAAUAAAAACAAUACAGUUCAUUAUGUAAGGUCUUUAUACACCACUCAUAAUAUAGUUGUGUAUUUUAUAUUGCAUUUCUGUCAAGAGAUCCUCCUAAAAGUUACACAAUGCACCUUUAAUUUAUGCCAUUAAUUUUCAUUUUUACACCAUAUAUCAUAAUUUUUUUAUAUACAUAUAUCGAUCCAAAAUAUCAUUUAUCGGCCAACUUGAUCUGUAAUAAUCAGUAUAGGCAAAAACACAUAUCGGUCGACCUCUACUAAGUAGGAACCAGUUGAGUUUACAUAUUAAAAAAUGCACAGGUUGUUGAAGUUUGAUUAUUUUUAAACGAUUGUAAAGGUGAUGUGGCCAAAUGGCUCCUAAAAAACACAUAUAUUAACAUACACAUACAUAUAGUUUCUCAUAUUUGAACCUAGCUUUUCAUUUUCAAAUAAUGUCGUUUCAAUUUAAGCAUUUCAGUACUCGACUACAAAAUUACUCAAAACGGCCAUCUCUAAGGGGCGGUUUCCCGGACAGGGAUUAGCUUAAUCCAGGACUAGGCCUUGGUUUAAUUAGGAAAAAUAACUAGUUUUAACAAACAUGCUUUACUAAAAACAUUACCUGUGUGCAUUUUGAGGCAAAACAAAGGGCACUGGUGUAUUUUAAGAUAUGUCAGUUCAAGUUGUUUUCAGUUUGGACAGCUCUUAAAAAUGUUUUAGUCUAGGACUACUCUAAUCCCUGUCCGGGAAACCGCCCCUAAAUGUAUCGCUCCUAUUCUGAACCUUUCCAAAACACACUCAAAACCAGUCACCUUAACCCCAGUGCUGCUUAAUAUUGCCUUUCCAGAGCAUGUUCAAUGAAGUCUGUCUUAAACUCGAACACAAACAUACUACUAGGAGGUCUAUUCCAACUGCUAACUCUUCCUUGCCUUUUAACAAAAACAUUAGCUGAAAGAAAAGUCUGUUUCUAUGUGCUCUCUUGGAUGCUGCCCUUAAUUUCACCAUGGUGAUGGCAUCCCUACUAUGUGCAUUUAAUCAGUGUUAUGUGUGUGUUUCCUUCACAAUACUGUAGUUUGGUGAGGUGGUAAAAGAAGAGAGGGAAAACCGAAAAGUUAGUUCUCGUAUUCAACACGUUCAUGUAUAGACCUGAAUGGAAUGUGCAGCCAGAGGGUUCUGCAGAAUUCUCAUGGCCGUCAUUCAUAAUACUACAAAUCCACCCACGUGUUCCUUUGAAUACGUUUGGCUAAUGGAUUAUGCUUUUUGUUGUAUUGAAAGGUCAUUUUAUUCACACGCAUUUUACCAGUGUUUUCUGGGAAAAACAGCUAUUGUUUAAAAGAUUAUCAGUCCUUUCUUAAUUUCCCUAAGACAUCCAACUUAUGAAGUGGUCAAAGUCUUGCUUUAGUGACAGCGAGAAUAUAAUGUCAAAGAAAUGUUAGAGUUUCAGGCCAGAUUUUGAGGACAAAAAUUAAGCGUGGUAUACUAAAUGCAGUUUGAAUUCCCUCUCUUUCCUGGUCAAAGUCUUUCUGUACUUUGUGGUCACUUGUUCUAUUCCUUCUAGCAAAUGAAAAAAUUUAACAAAAAAGUUAUUAAAAUAUUUAAAUUAUUUUGUAUCUUGUGAUGAUUAAUAAAACGCUUGUGAAGUGAUGCAGCAGCAUCACUGUGUA